AUGACGACCAAAUCAUUCAAGCUUCUCUGCUUAGAGAACCCCCUCCUUGAUAUCCAGGGCGCUGGUGAUCACGCAAUGCUCGAAAAAUACGGCCUGAAACUGAAUGACACGCUUCUGGCCGAACCCCACCAAAUGGGCCUCUACGACGACCUCAUCCAGAACCGCAACGCAAAACUGAUCCCAGGUGGUGCUGCGCAAAACACCGCUAGAGGCGCACAGUACAUGCUUCCCCCGGACAGUGUCUGGUACAUUGGUUGCGUGGGCGACGAUGAGUACGCAAAGAUAUUGAGGGAGAAGUGCAAGGACGAAGGAUUGCACGUUGAAUACCGCGUCGACCCUACCACGCCCACGGGCAAAUGUGGCGUCAUAAUCACAGACCACCACCGCACAAUGUGCACGCACCUCGCCGCCGCCAACGAAUACAAGCUCGAGCACCUCCUCGAACCCCGAGUCUGGAGCAUGGUUGAAGCGACGUCCGUGGCCUUUUAUGUCGGCGGUUACCACCUGACAGUGUGCCCGCCCGCGGCCAUGGCGCUGGCAAAACACGCCGCUGAGACGAACAAGAUAUUCCUGCUCAGCCUCUCGGCAGGCUUCAUCCCGCAGUUCUUCAAAGCACCCCUCGCCGAGAUUCUACCGUACUGCGACUUCGUGUUUGGGAACGAGAACGAGGCAAAGACUUGGGCAGAAUCUCACGGCCAUCCCUCUGAUAUCUCGAUGCAAGAGUGCGCCAAACUGAUGGCCAAGAUACCCAAGGUGAAUACAAAGAGACCACGGGUGGUUAUUGUCACGCAGGGCACGGACCCUACAAUCGUGGCCGUAGCCGACGCUGGCAAAGACGAAGUGGAACUCAAAGAGUACCCGGUGCCGGUCAUUGAUAAGAAUCUGAUCAACGACACGAAUGGCGCUGGUGAUGCUUUUGCAGGUGGCUUCUGUGCCGGUGUGGUCCAGAGCGACCCCCUGGAAGAGUGCAUCAAGAAAGGCCAGUGGUUGGCAAGAUUGAGCUUGCAGGAAUUGGGCCCCGCGUAA